AUGGCAGAUCCUUUGUCCAUCGCGGCCAGCGUUGCCGGUCUUAUCACGCUGGCCGCGUCAACCGCCAAGCUGGUGAAGACAGUCGGCGACCGGUACACGAACCAGGUGUCUGGGUCGGUACAAGAAAACGUGCAGACACUCGAAGCGGCUCUUGGGAACAUCACGAAGGGCAUGUGGACUUCCGACUUCACGCGCCCCGGGGAGAAAAGCCUGCAGCAGCCCAUCAGCUCUUGCGCGCAGACUCUGCGUGAGCUCGGCAAAAAUUUCCGCAAGCUGCACCCACAAGCGCCUUCGGGGACCUCCGUACAGAGAUCAUGGGAUUCUCUCAGAAGGCUCCAGCAGAAGAUGACACGCCCAGAGACGUUGAAGGAGAUCGAGAGACUACAAGUUGUCUUGGAGAGCCAGAAGGCGACUCUGCUUCUUGCAAUGCAGACUUGCUCGGGUGCAAGUCAGUUUGAUAUGCUGGUCAUGAUCUUCAACACCGUUCAGGAGCUCAGGCUAUCCAAGCAAUGGACGCAGCCGGCACAUGUGCCAACAGGCCACCAGUUCCAUGACUACUAUUUCGACGAUGAACUCCUGAAUGAACCGUCGGUAGCGCAGACGUUUUCAUCCUUCGAAGAUUGGCUGGAGACGUGGAGUGCUCCGGAGGCAGAUCAAGGCGUUCUUAAGCAGUUGACGAGCGAGAAUCCUUUGAACGCCCUUUCACCCCACCUGUCUUCAGCGUCACAGACCAGGUGUUCAACUGUGAAGUUGGUCAUCGAGGGACUCAAGAAACAUGAAUUCUCGGAGGAGACGACAAAGGAAAUUAUUGCGCCUCGGGAUGCCCCGUUGUACGAGAUCAUCUCCCUCCUGAAUAGCCAAGAGUACGAAUACACUUGCGGAUUUAUGGACGUGGUUGACGGCACCAGCUUUGCCCCAUUCUUGCCCUGGAAUACGUCUCUCGUGGCCAUCACCGACGGCCACAGCUCUUACGACGUCGAGACAGGCUUAAGGAUCAAUCGCAAUGAGAGACUAAUCGAUUUUUAUAACGGGUGUCUCCGAAAUACCGUCAAUCUCCACGGUUCGGCGAGCCCCUCUAUCGAGAAGCGAGCCUCUGCCCUUGCUGUGCAGGACACCUUUGAUCCUCGCAUCAACACCAGCAUCACGUUCCAGAGAACGCUGCGGCUUCCGGAGGAUGGAGAGUCUCACGGGACUUCCGCGCUUUUGGGUCCGUUUCCACUCUUCAACGCGGAGGAGCACGCCUCCAGGCUGCCCUCUGCUAUGAAAUCCAAAGGCGGCUUCUUCUUCCCCAUGUUCCAGAGAGAGGCCCUGGCGAUCGUUUUCAGUCACAGCAAUGACUCUGAGCACGUCGUCGGACGCCUUCAAAGCGACAAAGAUCACUUUGCAACCAAGAUGUACGCGGGUUCCAUCAACUGCUUGUCGGGCAAGACGGCCUCGGAAACAAACGACGACGACGACGAUGAAAGAACCGACUACAUCGUGAGCCCGCGACAGCUCAGGUUGGACGGUUACCGGUCCGCCGACGGGACCGUUAGACAGUUCGUCGCCAUGCCCCUUGGCUGGGGAUACUCAGCCGAGCACCAAAUCACGGGGCUCGAGUUCAUCGGCGGGGUCCAACUCCGGAUCGCCUCCCGGUUGAGAGACCGCGUCGAGUUCCGCCGUCUUGACGAUCUUUGGGAUUUCGGCAACGCGUUACGUAUCACUUCCACCGCCACGAAUCUCGGGCUCGGGGUCGGCGACGUGCUCGCCAUGACGGACUUCGACCCUGAUAUCAAGAUCCUGGAUGACUCCGGUCUCGGCUUUGCGGACAAGACCAAUUGGUCGCGACAGCCGCUGUUGAUGCCCACGGAUGGCAAAAACCACCGGAUGUCAACCGUUCAGGACAUGAUGCUGAAGUCUGGUCAGCGAGCCCGGGAAUCGACUGAUGGUAUCCGUCUCCGCGUCGUUCCUCCCGUGCUUGUUCAUCUGAAGAUUAUUAUGGGAGAACGUGCCCCGAUCGAAGAGUCCUUCCGCUGCUCUCCCCAUCACGAUCUGGGCUCUCUCGUCACGCAUCGCCUUCACCGCCGUUAUCUGGACUGCGGACACUGCGACAAGUGUAGGAGCAGCCACAGAUACAACGCAUAUCCCGAAUGGUCAUUACACGUAGAGCUCUCGGCGUCGGUUUCUAGACUCGGCUGGCCGGCCCGGCAUUGUCCGCUCGAGACCCUCGCAGCUUCGUACGGCAGGGCGGAUGGCGAGCUGCGGAUUGUAUGCACCCAAAUAUCCCCCGGCCUCCUCCGUCCCAGAGACGACGACACACGAUUACACAGGCAAUCGGCCGCUUCCGCCUGGGAGAUGGCCUUGGGGGCCGGGGCCAGGCUCAUGCGGCGGAUCUACAUGGGCGCUUCCCACCAGCACUGGGACUGGCGGAACAGCCGCCUUGUCAACGUGCAGAUCCUCAACGCGGUGGCGUUCCGGAGCGUAACCGGCAUCCCGGCCUGGACUCCGGUGUCGCUGAGAGACUACGAGAAAAGGCAGCUCACGUUGGAGGUGCCUCUGUCGGUGCCACAAGGGCACUCUGAUAUGGUGUCCGAAUCAGCGAUGACGGAGCUACUAAACAUUAGCUCCCUGGACAGGGAGGUGUCUGAUAAAGUCAGAGGCAAGCGUUUAAUGGUGUUGUGUCCUCAGUGCGAGACUAACAUGUGUAACUUGGCACACCUGUUCUGCUCGGACUGUACAUCCAACUCCUCCACAUACUUCCAGUGCGGCAAAGAAUGGACAGAGAAGAUCACGCUGUCGGGGGUUAUGGAACACCCCUCCAAAGGGCACCCACCGGACGGCAAAUCAUCUCGGCUCCUCUCGUUUGAAGAAACAUGCGAGCAGCUGGAGGCCAUACCGCAUUAUCCAAAGUCCGGCCCCCAUUCCGGAACCGCUGAAGACGUGGCCAAGAAGAUAGCCCACAUGCAACUGGGGGAACAAGGAAUCUUCUGGUACAACUCUGUCAUCUCGAUCUUGAAGAAGGCCGAGACCCAGACCCGGCGCAGCGUGACCAAGAGCCUGAUCCUGAGCAACACCGAAACCGGUCACACGCAGCGACUAGAGCUUCUUCUCGGUCUGGUCUCUCCAGAGGACUAUGCUGUGCAGGAGACGGGUGCCGAAAUAGGGCUCAAAGAGCUCCUGCGAGUAUCCGUUGACAACGUCAGGGUUCCAGACAAUGACCGACAUCUCGGGGCUCGGAAGCCCUCUACGUGCCUCGAGGCCGUCGUCGACUGGAUGGCGAGAAACGGUAUCGAGGCACACCGCCUCGCAGACUGGGGAUUUGACACCAAGGCCCUGCUGUGCCCGCAGAGCGACCAGAGCCUCAGGCGGGUCAUCGACUUCCUCAUCGGCGACAGCGGUCGGUCCCUCUCGGAAGACUACGGCGUCACCGUCUUCUUCAUGAGCAGGUUCUGCAGCAGCCGGGCCGACCGCGAGCUCAGGCACACGCUGCUGCGGACCCUCGUGGCCCACGGCGUCGACGUCGACGCCCGCGACCACCUGGGCCGCACGAUGCUUUGGCGGGACAGCGCCACGGACCUCGGUUCCGUGCUCCUGGACUGCGGCGCGCGCGUUGACGUCCUGGACAACGGCGGCAACGCGGUGCUGCAUCACCUCGUCUCGCAGGCGCGCCACCCAACCACCGCCGCAGCCGCCGCUGCGGCCGUCGCCACCAAGGCCGUCAAGGCGCGUGUGGCGGAGAUCCUGAGGCAUAAGGCGGGCAGAGCGGGCGUCGACACGCCGAACGCGGAGGGGCUGACGGCGCUGCACCUCGCGAUGGGGAUCGAUUCGCUGUGGGACUGGAUGGGGUUCACGGGCCUCCUCGUCGGCGGCGGCGCGGACGCGGAGCUGCCGAUGCAGCGGGGCGUCUAUCGGGACGAGGUCGGGCGUCUGGUGGCCAAGUGGGAGGGUGAGCUCGAGAGGUCCGACGUGCUGAUGAGGAAAUCGGCCGAGAGGCGGCUGCAGACGGUGCGGCGGGCGCUCGGCGCGUCACCGACAGAGUGA